GUUUAUGCGAAACACUCAUAAACUAGACAUCAAUUGAUUACAAUUUGCAAACUUACGUGUGUUUUGUUAUAAAUGAUUGUAAUUUAGCCAUAAAUUGCAAUCAUUUGAGUCUAUAUUAUGGCAAUUAUAUUGAGAAAUGCAUUGAAAUUAAGUCAAGUGUUGGGAAACAAUGCUUUGAAUGCAAAUAGGAUUGUAUUGAUUGGAGUGAGAAAUUGCGGUUGGAUUAGGGACUGGAAACCCGGCCAAUACCCCAAGACUCAGGAGGAGAGGAAGGCCGCGGCCAAGAAGUACAAUCUCAUCCCUGAAGACUACGAGCCCUACCCCGAGGGCAGCGGAUACGGAGAUUAUCCUAAAUUACCGGAAGUGGGUCAGGACGCCAGAGAUCCCUAUGAAGACUUCGACUAUCACUAUAGGCGACANCAAUGGACAGUCGUGCAGAGCUGUCCCCCACCUCCUGAGGGCUGUUCAGUGAUUCCUUAUGAAGGAUCGAGGCGAAGACAGAGAUAUGGCUCACGAAAGUCAGACGAAGGUCUGGUUCGCGCCGAUUGUGUGAUCCGAGGCAUCGCUUACUUCACGGGAGAGACCAUAGGAGUGGCCUCUAAUAAUUGUCUGGAGUGUCGGUGCGCUAAGAAUUCCAUGUAUUGUUCACCUCUUUGUUGCACUUUUCAGAGGACAACCACUGAAGAAAACUUUGGAAUCAAUUAUAGACGAAUUGAUACACAGAAUAGAGUUCCCGAUCCAAACCCUUUAUCUCAUAUUUAUGAAGAGUUAGGCUUACCUCCAGUUGGCACCUUUACCUAAACUCAUUUUACCCGUG